UCGUUCGCCGACCCGGCCGAGGAGGCGGAGGAGCGGCCCGGCAAGGACAGCCCAAGGGCGGCCGCCUUGCUCCGGGAAGGAGACGCGCCGCGGCCAUGGCCUCCUCCAGGCCCCUGUCCCGCUUCUGGGAGUGGGGCAGGAACAUCGUGUGCGUGGGGCGCAACUACGCGGAGCACGCCAAGGAGAUGGGCAGCGCCCUGCCCACGGAGCCCCUCUUCUUCCUCAAGCCCUCCUCGGCCUACGUGCGCGAAGGGUCGCCCAUCCUCCGGCCCUACUACUGCCGCAACCUGCACCACGAGGUGGAGCUGGGGGUGGUCAUCGGCAAGAGGGCCCAGGCCGUGUCCCAGGAGGCUGCCAUGGAGCACGUGGCGGGAUAUGCCCUGUGCCUGGACAUGACGGCCAGGGACACGCAGGAGGAGUGCAAAAAGAAGGGGCUGCCCUGGACCUUGGCCAAGGGCUUCGGCUCCUCCUGCCCGGUCAGUGACUUUGUGCCCAAGGAGAAGAUCCCAGACCCUCACAAGCUGCAGAUCUGGCUCAAGGUGAACGGAAAGCUGAGGCAGGAGGGGGACACCUCCUCCAUGAUCUUCUCCGUCCCUUAUCUCGUCAGCUACAUCAGUCAAGUAUUCCCCCUGGAAGAAGGGGACUUGAUUCUGACGGGGUCUCCCAAAGGAGUUGGGUCCGUGGAGGCCAACGAUGAGAUAGAGGCUGGGAUCAAGGAUGUGCUCUCCAUGCGGUUCAAGGUGGCCCAGCAAACGCGGGGAUCCUAAACCAGGAGCCUGCCUGGGACGAGGCUCCUUGGGAAACGUCUGGUGAACAAACACUUCCAUGGCCCAAGUGCUCUGUGUGCUUCUCUCCCGUGAUGAUUUGAGCUUUGCCAAUGUACUGCCUAAAAAUAAAAAUUCUUGAUCAAACGAAGUGGUGAUGGAGGAGGUACAUGUGUAACAGUAAAUCAAGAACUGCAGCUUCACAAGAAGUUUCUUGGGAUGUUCUGCAAAAGAAAGAUGUUUUGAUUUUUUGAUCAGUUUUACAAUUCCUCCUGCAUUUUCCAAUGAUUAAAUGAGGAUGGCUUUUCCUCCCACUCCAAGGAGAGAAUGCAGCAGGAAGUGUGCCAGAUGCUUGGCAGAUUGAUUUUGUCCUAAGCUGAUCUUUAAAUAUGUUCUAAAAGUGAAAUAACACAAAAGAUCGAGAAUAAAGAGGCUCCUGGGUAAAGAUCACCAGUAAA